GAGUGGGGUAGGUACUCACAGCAGAUGGAAAAGUAUAAAGGAUUUUGUAUCUGCCUGUUUUAUUGCCACCAUCCAGGCUUUUUAUCCCCUCCCAGGAGACAUUAAAGCUAAACGACAGGAGACAGUAAUUUAAACGGAAUCACUUAAAUAACUGCCCAGUGACGCACACUUUUGUCAAUUAGAGGAAACAACUACAAGCCUCUCUUUAGAAGAGGCGCCUCUUCUGAACCCUGCUCCAUCUAAGGUGCGUAAAAUGAUGCAGGCACUUUGUGUACGGUGCCUGUGGAGCCACGGAUCCUGGCGGAGGGAUGCGUCAUGUGCGCGCCAUACACUCCACUGGUGUUCAGACAGUUAGUACUUAGUCAGUUUGGUCAGAGAGAUGUGUGUGGUGGAGGAGAGGAGAGGAGGCAGGAGAUGACUGCUGCCCCGCUCACUUCUCCUCUGAGACCAGAGGAGAGAGGAGACAGAGGGAGCGCACGGAGGCUCACUGCGCCGCUCCGUCAUCAACAACUCGCUGCGGAUUUAAGGAGAAUCUAAUGUAUUAAAUUAAACCAUGCAGACUUGAAGCAAGCAAAAAACUUUAUGUAUUUUUUAGACAAACUCUUCUUAGGAGUUGCAGUUACUCGUCAUCUACAGCCUGCUAUGGAGAACCUGAGUCAAAAUGAGUGUGAGUACUGACAAUGUUACUCUCUUUUGGAAAAACGGUUCCUCGGAACUCGAUGGUACUCAGGCCGUGCCAUCCCUGCUCAACUUCACCAACAGCUCCAGCGGGAACAACACCAGCGAGGUGGCCCUCAGCCGAGCCAUCCCGCUGGGCUUGGUGCUCGGCGCCUUCAUCCUUUUCGCCAUCGCGGGCAACAUCCUCGUCAUCCUCUCGGUUGUGUGCAACAGGCACCUGCGGACUCCGACCAACUACUUCAUCAUCAACCUGGCCAUCGCUGACCUGCUGCUGGGCACAACGGUGCUGCCGGUGUCCGCCACCCUGGAAAUCCUAGACUACUGGGUGUUCGGCAGGAUCUUCUGUGACAUCUGGGCGGCGGUGGACGUGCUCUGCUGCACCGCGUCGAUCAUGAGCCUGUGCGUAAUUUCCAUUGACCGGUACAUCGGUGUCAGCCACCCGCUGCAGUACCCCAGCAUCGUGACGGAGAAGCGGGCUCUGCUGGCCAUGCUCGGGGUCUGGGUGCUCUCCGUGGUCAUCUCCAUCGGCCCUCUGUUCGGAUGGAAGCAGCCGCCUUCGCCGGACGACACGCAGUGCGCCAUCACGGAGGAGCCGUUUUACGCGCUCUUCUCCUCCCUGGGCUCCUUUUACAUCCCUCUUGUCGUCAUACUCGCCAUGUACUGUCGCGUUUACAUAGUCGCCAAACGAACCACAAAGAACCUGGAGGCGGGAGUGAUGCGGGAGAGGAUGAACUCCAGCGAGCUGACGCUCAGGAUCCACAAAGGGUCUCAGGUGCACGAGGACCACGGCGCGUCUGGCACCAGCAAAGGCCGAGCGCACCAAGCCAGAAGUUCCCUCACGGUGAAACUUCUGAAAUUCUCCAGAGAGAAGAAAGCAGCAAAAACUCUGGGAGUAGUUGUCGGCAUGUUUACGCUUUGUUGGCUGCCGUUCUUCCUCGCCUUGCCCAUAGGCUCAUUUAAUGCGAAGCUGCGUCCUCCUGACUCCCUCUUCAAGGUCAUUUUCUGGCUUGGCUACUUCAACAGCUGCCUGAACCCCAUCAUCUACCCCUGCUACAACCGUGAGUUUAAGAUGGCCUUCAUCCGCAUCCUCCGAUGCCAGUGUCAGCAGCGUAAACGACCCGGCUGGAGGGCUUACAAUUACCGCUACCGUGAGUUCAAGAUGGCCUUCAUCCGCAUCCUCCGAUGCCAGUGUCAGCAGCGUAAACGACCCGGCUGGAGGGCUUACAAUUACCGCUCCUCCAACCUCAGCUCCGCCGGAAACUCGCGCAAAGGCUCCACAGAUCACAACUCCAGCUUUCUGAACGGCAGCCAACGCACUCUGCCGUCCUCCGCCAGUCCGAGCCCCAGCUACCUGACCAAGGGUCUGCCACCGUGUCCAGAGGGGGACACUCUCUAUAUAUGGGGGGCCACCACUCCAACCCCCUCCACUCCUAACCUGCUGCCCGGCGGCCCUGCAGAAUGUGAGCAGAGGUCUCUGAGAGAAGUGAGAGGCGGUAAAGGCGCUGAGGCGCCCUCUUGUGGUGUUUUUUAUUUCUCUUUUGGGAGGAAGAGGGGGGGUAACCAAGAUGGCAUUGUGCCUGAGAACGAAGUGUGACUGUUGAUUAUGAGUGAGCCUGGACACUUUUAUUCCAUGUAAGGAUUACAGUCUGCCACCCAGUGCGUGGAUGUGGGAUUACAGACAGGUUUACUGCGUCCACUGUACAGUAUGUGGCCCCCUGAUCAUCCAUCAUCUGUGGAUUUGUGCUCAGUGUAGGGUGAAAAUGCUGUAUCACAGCUGUUGUGUCCUGGUUUACUGUGUCUGUGGUGGGCCUAGACUUUCUGUCAGUAAACAAUGAGGGGGUUUACAACAAAAUGAACUCCACUGUUGGACCGAAACAGACAUCAGUGCAUGACUUACUGUAUAUUUACACAGGAUCAAACACAUCUGAUCUUUUCUCUGUUCAGUUAUCGAUCCACAGUAAAGAGACUGAUUCGUGAUGUAAAUGUGUGUGAGAUGACAAACAAUCACCUUCGUGUUGCCGUCACUUGAUAUUUUAAUGUUUUGUUGUGGAAAAAAAAUAAAAUAAUAAAGUAUAACCUGGUUUAUUUGUCAUGCGCACAAUUAUCAGAUAUCUUAUUUGUAUGUUUGAUAUUCAAAAAGUCUGAAACAAUGUUGGGAAUGUGACUGAUAUAAAUAUAAGUGUGUACAUAUAUACUGUAUAUAUAUAAAUAUAUAUAUAUUAAUAAAGUUGAAGGAUUGUACAAGUGCUGCAACAGUUGAUUGUUACUUUGUGUUUUAUGGUUCAUUAAAGGAGAAAUCUGUCUAUUUUCCAGCCAGUCCAUUCAGCAAUUACUAGACAUUUCUGGUGACCCUAUCUGGGGUUGCAACCCCUAGUUUAAAAAAAACCACUGGUGUAGGGACUUUAGGAAUAAUGAACACAGGUUACACAGACACAACAACAAACCAACCUCUGGUGUAAAAGCGCCAAGUGAUUUCUCAUAAGGAAACAGGUGAUACUGCAUUGCACUGGAAAUUAUAUUUUGAGCACAUUAAGAGGCACAAAACAGACCAGGUCUAGUCAGACCUGUGGCCUCCAUUUUCUCAUUCAAUUCUGAUUAUACAAGUCUGUACUGGACUGUUUACACAUACUAUAACAGUCACACAUUCCAUUUAUAUGCACAUAUUGGAGUAAACAAGCACUGCAUUUGACAACAGCAACUAUACUCAAGCUUUAAAAUUGGGCAGGUCACAAGUUCUUUCUGCCACAAGUCCACAAGUUGACACACUGACAGCAACAAACAAUAUUACACCCAUAAAGAAAACGGGAAAUUAAAAAAUACCAAGUUAUAAACACAACAAAUAUAUAAUGUAAAAGAAUGACCAUCCUCAUUAAAAUCCCACAGCAGCAACUGUCAGUCAAGUCCCACUUCAAAUACACUCAGAAAACAGAACAACAAUCACCAAGCCAAAAACACAACAAACUAAAAUUACGUGAUGACGUCACACAGCAGCAGUACGUG